ACAACAAUUCCUCCGCUAGCAGCACCCAUGGCCCGCCAUCGUACCACACACCACAAGCGACGGUGAGGCAUCCACGCACAAGGUUCUUUCCUUAAGCGAGCUCGUAGAGGAAGUUCUCCGUCGCGUUGAUGGCUUGAAGAGCCUUCUGCAUUCCAGCGCGGUGUCGAGGGAGUGGCUUUAUCUGGCGUCAAGAAAGGAGUUCCAGGCGGAGUUCAUCGCAAACCGCAGCCCCCCUAUGCUUGGGGUCAUCGUGCAGUUGGCUUUGCCUGCGAGCGAAUGGAGGCACCUCCCUCGGCUUCGGAGGCCUCUAUGGAGCUCCUGGACCAUGGAGCUCCAAAGGCUUCGGAGGUCGUAGCGGCGCUCGCCGGGCAGGUUGGUUUCGAGACCGUCUUCGCAUGCGACAGCGCCGAAGUCGUCGUGAGAGAAAGGGGCUGCCCAAGGGGAUACACUAAGCGUACAAUCCUGGGGCCCAUCUCUACAAAUGGUCACUGGCUCCCUCGCGAUGACAUCAUCCAGCACAUCCCUUCCGCCGUCUGUACCUGCUUCGCAUCAUCGACAGCGACAAGGCCUUCUUCGACGGACAUCCUCAGGCGCAUGCUGAGCCAGGCGAGGAGCUCGGCAUGUUCCGUCUUCGCGUCACUGCAGAGCGCGGUGACCGGUGGGUCGUCGAGGUGCGGGAGAUGAGAUAGGAGGCUGAGUUCUGCGGCACAUUUUCAACGCGCAACCAUCACAUGGAGAAGGGGAGCGCAUAAUUUUCAUUUUUCAGAGCAGAAAGAUGUCCUUGUGUGCCGCUCUUGAUUGUUAACCUGCACUCUAUCUACCAUUGCCGAAGU